AUGCAUUUAUCCAAUUUGUGCCUCCAGGCAUGCAACCGGCUGCCGGCCGUGUUGCGCCUUUUGCUUCUUGCUGGCGUGGCCCAGGCCGCGGCCCUGGCCCUUCCCAGCGAAAACGAAAUCGUCGAGCGGUCGCUGUGGAACUGCAAUGCGCUCUUCUUCCGGCAUGCGCUUCCGAGCAACGCCACGCUCGAACGGGUCCAGGUUGUGCCGGCCGGCGGCACCUUUGGCGAGAACGCGACCAACAUCCCAUACCCCUACUGGCCGACCAAUCUGCCGCAGCUGUGCGCCGUCAUUGUCAACGUGACCAGCUCGCCGUCGUCUUCGUUCCGCUUUGGCCUGCUGCUGCCCACGGUCUGGAACAGCCGCUUCCUCGCCGUCGGCAACGGAGGCUAUGCGGGCGGCAUUAACUGGCUGUCAGCUGGCUCCGGAACGCACUAUGGCUUCGCAGUCGUGUCGACGGACACGGGCCACAGCGCCGGCGUGCUCGACGGGACAUGGGCGCUCAACGCGCCGGAAAAGAAGGCCGACUGGGGCUGGCGCAGCAUCCACGGCUCGGUGGAGCUGGGCAAGAAGCUCACGGCCGCGUACUACGGCGGCAAGGUGCGCUACUCGUACUUUAGCGGCUGCUCGACGGGCGGCCGCCAGGGCAUGAAGGAGGUGCAGAUUGCGCCCGACAGCUUCGACGGCGCGCUCAUCGGGUCAUCGGCGUGGGACUCGAAUGUGCUCAACACGUACGUCACGCAGCUGGGCAUCUACAACCUGCCCGUGGGCGCGCCCAACUACAUUGCCUACACGCGGUUCCCCGUCGUCGCCGAGCAGGUCCGGGCGCAGUGCGACGGCGUCGACGGCGUGGUGGACGGCAUCGUGAGUGCGCCCGAGCGCUGCCGCUUCGACUACGCCAAGAUCCAGUGCGGCAGCCCCAGCGUCGUGCUCAACGAGUCGGCCUGCUUCACGGCGCCGCAGAUCCAGACGCUCAAGAACAUCUACAGCGACUGGUACGACAACCGGACCGGCGAGUACCUGUACCCGGGCCUGCUCAUGGGCUCCGAGGACAUGUGGCUCGCCGGCACGCUGCUGGGCUACGCGGAGCCGUCGCCCUUUGGCAUCGGCUUUGCGCAGGACUUUGUCUACGACGACCCCACCUGGCAGUGGCAGACGUUCAACGACAGCAUCGUCGACACCGCCCGCCGCGUCAACCCGGGCAACGCCACGGCCGACCAGUACGACCUCUCGGCCUUCCGCCGGCGUGGCGGCAAGAUGAUUAUGUACCACGGCCUUGCCGACGGGCUGGUGCCCACCAAGGGCUCCGAGCUGUACUACAACCGGACGCUGCAGGCCAUGGGCGGGGGCCACCCCGGAGUCCAUGGAAAAGGCAAGGGCAAGGCCAACAGCGUCGACGAUUUCUUGCGCCUCUUCAUGAUCCCCGGCAUGCAGCACUGCUACGGCACGGCUGUGGACGCGCCGUGGUACAUCAACGGCGAGUUCCAGGCCGACCUCAUGGGCACGGGCCUGUGGUCGGUGCCCGGCUUUGCCGACGCCAAGCACGACGCGCUGCUGGCCUUGAUGGAGUGGACCGAGAGCGGACGCGCCCCCGACGAGAUCAUCGCCACCACCUGGAAGACGUCCACCAACCCCUUGUCGGGCGUCCUGCGGCAGCGGCCGCUCUGCCCGUACCCGAAGACGGCCGUAUGGAACAAGCGCUCGGACGUCAACAAGGCGAGCAGUUGGCAUUGCUCGGAUUAA